AUGAGUGACGAUUGUACUACUGAUUCACCACCGAGAACACCUUCUCGUAGAGAGGCUGUGGCAAUAGGAGACGGGCGAAGGGAAAGUCUCUGCGAAUCCUAUCCCGUUACACCGCCUGGAGCGCGUAUUGGGGACAGGUCUCCCGACCCGGCGGCCGAAUUUUUACGACUGCCAUCUGGAAUUGCGUCAAAUAAACGUAAGAGAAAAGACACGAAUUCUUCUGGAAGACAUCAAGGAAACGAACUUUAUCGUGUAGUUCUUGAAACGGCCUUGUUUCCAACCCAUAACGAUUACCUCGAUCUUAGUCCUACACCAACAUCUCACCAGUUAAUGACAUUCAAAUCACCGUCUGCCAAGAUGAGACGCACGACUAUUAUCGAUUCGCCAUUUCGUGACGCGUAUUCAACAAGCCCGUUGUCGCAUAAGGCUCAGAGCAUCCUGACCAGAGAUGAUUUUUACUUGAAUUUGCUGGACUGGUCACCACAGAACGUAAUAGCUGUUGGUCUGGGUGCCGCGGUGUAUCUAUGGAACGCAAAGACGGUGGAGAUUACCAAACUAUGCGAAUACUCACAUCGGGAGUCAAUAACGUCUGUGCUCUGGUUAAAUCAGGGCGAGUAUAUCGCGGUAGGAACGAGUCGCGGAUUGGUCAAUAUAUAUGACGUGAGGACGAGAAAAAAACUACGAAGACUGACUGAACAUCGAGGACGCGUUGCUUCAAUGUCGUGUAAUGAACCUAUUCUUAGCACCGGAAGCUCCUGCGGUAUAAUUCUUCAACAGGAUUUACGCGUUUCCGGUCCUACCGUACGUGUUUUAGCCGGUCACCAUGGAGAGGUCUGCGGCCUUAAAUGGAACAGUGACGGAACACUCCUAGCAAGUGGAGGAAACGACAACACAGCACUUGUUUGGGAUGAUCGUGUAUACAUACCUUUUUAUAGUAUCCGAGAACAUCAUGCUGCAGUCAAGGCUCUUGCAUGGAGUCCACAUGCGCGUGGGUUGCUGGCUACUGGUGGCGGAACGCAUGAUAGGAAAAUAAAAAUUUGGAACGUUAAUGCUGGCAAGCGAUUAGACGUUUGUGAUACUGGGUCACAGUUUUCCCAACUCUCAACGCAAAAUUCAAAACAUUUAAAGGUAACAAACCUCGCCUGGUCAGUUAAUGCAAACGAAUUAGUCUCCACACAUGGAUAUUCCAAGAAUGAUAUUAAAAUCUGGCGCUAUCCUUGUCUUACUCCAACAAAUGAACUCGUCGGUCAUAGUGACCGCGUAGUCUAUCUUGCUACUUCACCCGAUGAGAGAUCUAUUGUUACAGGAGGCGCAGACGAAACUUUGAGAUUCUGGAGAGUGUUCAAAGGGCGACAACUGGAUGUCGUGGAGAAUGAGAGUAGAUUGUCAUUACGAGGGGGGAAUGUAAUUAGAUGA